UUAGAUUUAACAGAAAAUCAUUUGGUCUGUCUUGCUGGUGGAACUUUCAAAUUGUGACUGAAGCUGCUCCUGGUACGUACUCUGCGUUUUAUAGCUAAAACUGAUAAAAUCUUCAAUUAAUGGGUUUAAUCGAGCAGGAUGGGAGAGACUUGCUAUCAGUAAUUGUCUGUUUCUGCUUGAAAUUGCGGAGUUGAAUUCAAUUACUCUGUGAUAAGAUGGGGAAUAAAGAAGAAGCUCAAAAUUGGUUAUGGGCGGAGGACAAGGAAGAGGAAGAAGAAGCUCGUGAAUGGCUGUGGGCGGAGGAUUACAGUGAUCUCUCAUACGCUCCUGCUGUGGGGUCGAAACGAAGGGCUAGAACGAAGAGGGUGCUGGAGUUUCAGGGCUGGGGUUCAAAGCAGCUCAUCGAAUUUCUUGAAUCAAUUGGGCGAGAUACCAGCACCCAGAUCUCCCGCUACGACGUCGCGGAGAUUUUGGAACAGUACAUUCAGGUGAACAACCUUCAGCAUCCGAAGAAGAAGAAGAAGAGAGUUGUCUGCGACGAGCGCCUGCAUUCCCUUUUCGGGAAGAAAACGUUGAGCAGAAUCCAAAUAUAUGACAUGCUGGAGGCUCACUAUGCGGAGAACAGAGAAGAAUGGGAUACGGAUUUUUUUUCCAGUUCUGAUGAGGAGCAGCAGCGGAAAAGUUUGGUACCGGAGAAGAAGAGCUAUCAAAAGAGGAAGAUUGAAGAAGGUUCUCCCAAGAGCUGUUUUGCUUCUGUAAUUCCGGAGAACAUUAAGCUUGUUUAUCUGAAGAAGACUUUAGUUCAGAAACUUCUCAAGGAACCUGAUACCUUUGAAGCUAAGCUAGUAGGAAGCUUUGUGAGGAUCAAGUCUGACCCACUUGACCACUAUCAGAAGAACAGCCACAUGCUUGUUCAAGUCCAAGGUCUUAAGAAAACCUCCGGAACUGAUGAUAUUCUUCUUCAAGUUUCAAACUUUAUAAGAGACGUUCGGAUUUCUAUGCUUUCAGAUGAUGACUUCUCUGAGGAAGAAUGUAAGGACUUGCACCAAAGGGUAAAGGAUGAGUUGCUCAAGAGGCCAACUGUUGUGGAACUGGAAGAAAAGGCUCGAAUUUUGCAUGAGGAUGUAACGAAGCAUUGGCUUGAAGCGGAAAGUGCAUUGUUACAAAGGCGUAUUGAUCAAGCCAACGAGAAGGGGUGGCGCAAAGAGCUGUAUGAGUACCUGGAGAAAAAGCAGUUACUUGAGACUCCAGCUGAACAAUCGCGUCUGUUGGAUGAGAUUCCAGAGGUUGUUGCUGAUGAUCUAGAGCUUGAACCAUCUCCUUCAGAACCUUCGGAUAAUUUACAGGAAGCGAAUAAUGGUUCCCUUACGUCAAAACCUCAGGGACCUUUGGACUGGUUGCAGUGAAUCUGAAAAUGGACCGACAAUAUUCAGCAGGUUGUUCAUCUCUUCUUCACAAAGUUUCGUGCGGAUCAACUUAGGGAUUACAUCUGGGUGUUCUCCUGAUAUGUAACAUUAAUUUAGUUGGUUGGUUGGUUAUAUGACGAAUCAUUUAUUUUCUCACAUAGAAAAUUGAUAGGCUGGAAAAAAAGGCUAAGCAGAUUCUCAGACAGAAAAUUCAUAAAUUUAUUUCGCUCAAGCGAGAUUGCUCAUGUAGCUGGGUUUGCUCAUGAGCUAUUA